AGGAAUAUUUGUAAAUAUGGAAGACCUCGUGGAAAAUGUUCUACGUUCCGUUGCAGAAAAAGAAGCUAAAUACAAAACGACCAAGGUUGAAAAGGCCAUUGAUUUAGAUAUCGACGAAGGCAAUCUAUUGGCAUGCGAUGCUAAUCCAUUGGAUGUUAAAUUAUUUAGGUCAAAUAAAGAAGAUUAUUUGAAAGCUUUAACACGAGAUAAUUCACAACUUCUCAUUAACAAACUGUGGCAGCUUCCUGUUGAGAAAGUGGAUGGUGUUGCAAUUGCUGUGUUACCAGAUAGAAAAACGUGGAUGCCUCGAGAAAAACCAGUUCCAAAACCAAAAGCUGACACAAAAUGGCAGGCAUAUGCCAUGUUGAAAGGCAUAAAGAACAAGAAAAAGGGACGAAUGGUCUUUGAAGAGAAAACGAAGUCUUACAAACCACGCUGGGGUUACAAGAGAGCCAAUGAUUACACAAAUGAAUGGCUUAUUGAAGUUCCACAGAAUGCAGAUCCCUAUGAGGACCAGUUUGCAAAGCGAAAAGGAGCUAAGAAGGAACGUGUUGCAAAGAAUGAACUGCAGAGGUUACGAAACAUCGCACGUUCACAGAAAUCGAAAGUUCCAGGAGUAGGGUUGACACCAACAGAAACUCCAAGCAAAGACCAUCUCUCAAAGGCUUUGGUUGUUGCCAAGAAGUCAACAGCAUCUAUAGGUCGAUUUACAGAAAAUCUCCCCAAGGAAAAAACGUCAAAACACUCGGGAAGGAAACGAAAGUUUGAAUCAAACUAUGGCGACCUGAAGAAAGAAGCGAAGAAGCAACUGGACAUUCUGAACAGCAUAACAAACAAACAGCCGCGGCUGGAUGUCAACGUGGCCGUCAGAAAACAACUAGCUGAGGAGAAGAUUGAGAGAUCCAAAUCUAACCAAAAUGGACCGCCUGCAAAAGGGUCAAAAAAGAAAGGUGGUGGAAAGCAUCCUAAAGGGGGGAAAGGGUGGGCAGGGCCUAAAGGGGGGAAAGGUAAAAAAUCUGGGAAAAAAGGAGGAAUGGGAAAACCUGGAAAAGGAGGAAUGGGGAAAGGUGGAAUGGGGAAGCCAGGAAAAUUAAAGGCAUUUGGUGGUGGUAGUCAGGGGAAGAAAGGACACAAGAAAAGUUAGCAUUGUUUGUAAAUUGUUUAUUAAAUGUAAUUAUUAUAUGA